UUCGUGCAGAGCACAUCUGGAAGUGGUUUCAGGAGCUUGGAGUCCCAGCUGUUGAAGGAGUGGAAGAGAAACCCGAGCCAUUCAAAGUCAACGCAAGCGCAAGCGGAGGUGGGUGUGGACCGCUGAGGCACACUGUCCUGGAAACAGCAUACUAGCCCUGGGAUUUCCAAUGGGAUCUGGGAAGCGGCAAAAGCAACGGGGAAUCUUAGCCGCCCCUUCCAGGCCAGCCGCAGUCUGAACGCUCCGCCCUGCAGCGCUUCUGGACCAAGGAGCUCAAAGCUUACCCUCACAUCCACCAGGUCCUGGUUGUUAUUCAAGUCGAUACACAUGGCUUUUCUACGCAAAAUCAAUCAAGUGUUGCUCUUCCUGCUGGCCCUGACCCUUUGUGGCAUUCUGUACAAGAAAGUUCAUAAGGGAGCCGUUCUCAAGAAUUCACUGAUUUUGAUGUUUCCAGAUGACGAUUCUGAGUCCCCCGAGGACAUGGAAGAAGAGAUUCCAGUGGUGAUCUGUGCUGCCGCGGGGAGGAUGGGCGCAGCCAUGGCCGCCAUCAACAGCAUCUACAGCAACACUGAUGCCAACAUUGUGUUCUAUGUAGUUGGACUACGGAACACUCUGUCUCGAAUACGAAAAUGGAUCGAACAUUCGAAACUGAGAGAAAUAAACUUCAAAAUUGUGGAGUUCAACCCUAUCGUCCUCAAGGGAAAGAUUAGACCAGACUCAUCGAGGCCUGAGCUGCUCCAGCCGCUGAACUUCGUUCGGUUUUAUCUCCCUCUGCUUGUCCAUCAACAUGAGAAAGUCAUCUAUUUGGACGACGAUGUCAUCGUACAAGGUGAUAUCCAGGAACUGUAUGACACCACCUUGGCUCUGGGCCACGCAGCAGCCUUCUCAGAUGACUGUGACUUGCCCUCCGCUCAAGACAUCAACCAACUUGUGGGGCUGCAGAACACAUAUAUGGGCUAUCUGGACUACCGGAAGAAGACCAUCAAGGGCCUUGGCAUCAGCCCCAGCACCUGUUCAUUCAACCCUGGGGUGAUUGUCGCCAACAUGACGGAAUGGAAACACCAGCGCAUCACCAAACAGCUGGAAAAAUGGAUGCAGAAGAAUGUGGCGGAAAACCUCUAUGGCAGCUCCCUGGGAGGGGGCGUGGCUACCUCUCCGAUGCUGAUUGUGUUUCAUGGGAAGCAUUCCACCAUCAACCCUCUGUGGCACAUAAGGCACCUGGGCUGGAACCACGAGGCAAGGUACUCGGAGCACUUUCUGCAGGAGGCUAAGCUACUCCACUGGAAUGGAAGACACAAACCCUGGGAUUUUCCUAGUGUUCACAAUGACUUAUGGGAGAGCUGGUUUGUUCCUGACCCUGCAGGGAUCUUUAAACUCAAUCACAAUAGAUGAUACACUCCAACACCUAAAAUAUUCCCUGGAUAAAAAUGGAAGUGUGCCUUUGUAUCCUACGCUAACACUGUUCUUUAUGAUCACCUCUGAUAGAU